AGCGGGGCGCGGCGGGGCGCGGCCGGGCGGUGCGGCCAUGGCCUACUCGGCGCUGCAGAAGGUGGCCAUGGUGUCCGGCCUCGUCCUGUGCGCGUCGCUGCUGCUGCCCAGGGCCUUCCUGCCCCGUGGGAGGAAGCGGGACACGACGCCCGAGGGGAAACCAGGUCGCUUUCCUCCCGUGAUGCGUCAACACGUGCCCACGGCCGGCCGGGCCCCGGCUGGCCACUUCCCAAGAUCUCACCUGGCCGAGGCCGUCGCGAAGGCCAAGGGAGGAGGAGGAGGAGGUGGCGGCGGAAGCGGAGGAGGAGGAGGAGGGGGGAACGCUGGCGGCAGAGGUCUCGUGGGUCAGAUCAUCCCCAUCUAUGGAUUUGGAAUCCUUUUGUACAUCCUUUACAUCCUGUUUAAGCUCUCUUCCAAGGGGAAAACCGCCACAGAAGAGCGGAAAUACCGGACUCCCCUCCCUGGGAACACGCACAGGAAGAUUACUAACUACGAACUGGCUCAACUGCAGCAAAAGCUGAGGGAGACGGAGGAAGCCAUGGAAAACUUGAUCAAUCGAGUAGGGCCUCACUAUGACAGCAGGGCUCAGAAGGCCACCUCGGACCAGGAGAGGCGACUGCUGCAGCAGCUCAAAGAAAUCACCAGGGUCAUGAGGGAAGGGAAACUGAUCGAUGGUAUCUCCCCCGAGAAGGAAGCAGAAGAGAUGCCGUUCACAGAGGACUGGGAGGGUUACCCAGAAGAGACCUACCCCAUCUAUGACCUGUCCGACUGCCUCAGGCGGAGGCAGGACACCAUCCUGGUGGAUUUCCCGGACCCGAGCCAUCCCUCUGCCGAGGAGGAGGCUGAGCGGACGGGAGUGUUCCGGGAGGGGACGCCCUCGCCCAGAGGAGUGUCCCCGCGGGGGCCGGACAGUCUCCCCGUCCCGUGUCAGGCGAUGGAGCCAUGCCCCUGCUGCCUCCACCAAGAGGACGACCCGGCUGUCUUAGCGGAGAACACCCUGCUCAACUCCGACAGCAGCGAGCCGGAGGAGGCCACCUGGGAAGAGCGAGACCUGGGCCCGGGCUUGGGAGCGGGGAGGCCGCAGAGCCCCGGGGGUCAGGCUGGCCAGCAGGGCUCCCUCAGGAAGCGGAGCCCGAGGGGCUGUGAGGGAAUCGAGACCCUCGGCCAUGCACCCAUAGGGCUCAUCUAGAUGUCGCCCCCUCCCCGCCCCCCCACUCUGUACCCAUCCUUCUGCCCAGUCCUCUGUGGCACCACUGCCUCUCGCCAGGCGACUCUCCGUCGACCAAGAAGCCGGUGCCGGUGUUGCACUGUCUCCCGCCCUUGUGUCUCCCACCUUGCCGAGCUCUGCAGGGAUUGAGCUUUUCACAACAGCCUCCCCCAAACACCAA